UAAAGAAGCAUCACUCCUUACCCAGAGGAAAUAGGAGGUAGUGCUGCGUCCCAACCAGUCCAUGACGUUGAAGAGAAGGAAGCAGCAGACUGGAGUGAAGAACUUUCCUGCGAUGGAGAGAGGAAGGAGAAAAAUUGGGUGGAGGGCAAGGCGAAUGGGACACGGGACUGCGGUUUCUUAUUGUCGUUGUUGUGUGCCUUCAAGUGGAACAAGUAGCUAUUCAUAGUAGAGUUAGAAGGGACCACGGAGGGCAUCUUGUCUAACCUCUUGCCAUGCAGCUAAAGGACACCUGAAAGAUGCCCAUUCUGGUUACUUUCUCCAUCCCGGUUCCUUUUUUCAACUAUAAACUUCAGGAUCUGAACUCAGGAUCUUCCAACAUCCUUUCCCUGUUGACCCAGCUCUCUGUAACCAGCUGGAUGUGGGUCUCCCCAUCCCUCUUUUCCAGCCAUCAUGACUUACUCCAGGUUUUGUUUUCAGAUGUGCUGGCGACGCUGGCAGUGAUGGCAGGGAAAACAGACAGAGUGAUGGAGAAGACCAUGACGAUGCACAGGGCCAGCUGCCAGAUCUGAAAGGAUAAAAGAGGAUAAGAAAAGUAAAGAAAUCUGGUGCUGAGCAUCCCCAUUGUAUAGGAUUUCCCUCCAGGAGUGUUGACUUCUCCUCCAUCCAGCAGCCAGUAGCGGAAGGGAACCAUGGAUCCGCAGCCUCCUCAUACCUGCGUGGUGGCCGUGGUCAUCAUUUGCACCAUGGGAGCAAUGGACGUCUACCUGGUGGAACAGAGUGCCGGGGCCCGACGGCUCGGUGUCGGGGCUCUCGCGUUGGCCGGGGACCUCUUCUUCCUGUUAGUGUUGCGUUAUGCAACAACAUGGGUUGGUAGUGAGGCCCGGCUGGCCCAGCGGGGGUAUGCCAUGGUCCUAUGGUUUCUCUUUGCCUUUGCUUUGGAGAUCAAGCUCUACUUCAUCUACCAACACUAUGCAACGGAAGGACGGACGCCUGACCCGCUGGCACGACGCACCCUCACUCUCCUGCUCUCCAUAUGCAUCCCUGCACUCUACACAGUUCUAGGAGCCACUGAGUUAGUAGCCCAAGCUGCUGUCAGCUUCCGGAAGAAAGACGAAAUCCGCGGGCGCCUCUUUUGGGUGGUCCUAGACUUGCUGGAUGUGCUAGAGAUCCAAGCCAGUUUGUGGGAGCCGCAGAGGAGGGUGCUUCCCCUGUGGGCUGAAGGCCUGACCUUCUUCUACUGCUAUGGGUUACUUCUGGUCCUCCCCUGUGUAUCAUUGAAUGAGCUGAGUGUGCAUGGGCCCCGACCUAACAUGCUUUACCCACUGCUGAGUCUGGCCAGUGUCAAUGUGGCCACCAUCUUCAUCCGUGGGGGGCUGUUGCUCCUCUGCCAUGACCAGCGCAUCUCUUCAAUCUUCAUGGGGAAAAACGUCCUGGCCAUUGCCUUGAAAUGCUGCGCUGCGCUACAGCACCACAGAAAGCAAGCCACAGAGAGAACAGCCCACAGGCAUGGCAAAAGCAACCAGUCCCAGGCCACAGGCGAACAGCUCCAGAGACAUACUGAAAUCACAGGGGACACACACCACGGACAUGCUGCAUCUGACUGGCCUCAGGGAUGUGCUGCCCAACCCUACAGCUGCACCACUGACAACCAAACGCAGAGACAUAGCCAGGCCAAAUUCCCCUCCAGACACCUCCAGGGCACAGGUGAACAUAUCCACUGCCACAUCCAACCUGUGAGUCCCCAGGUCCACAGCCACUGCAGUCUCCAAGCCCAAAGUGCUCACCAUCAUGGGCAUGCCACCCAGCGCUCCCCCGGAGAUUCAGCUGCCUCUGGUCUCUCCACUUCCAGAGUGCUACGAACAGGCCACCACAUACAGCUCAAGUCUGUCUGGAGUGGUCCAUGAAGCACCUCUCUGCAGCAGGAGAGAAGCUUUGCCUGGCACUCUAUGCAGCCACUGAGAUGUACCGAGAGAAGGGAGAACAGACGAAUCAUGAAGUAUGAUGAAUACAGAGUCAGUUAUUCCUGAGCUUACCAGGUUCAGAACACCAUGUUAUGCUCCAGUACUUUGAGAUGUGUCCUCCUCACAGCACUCAUCAGUAUUUGGUUAGCCUCAAACCCUGUGCAUUACCCAGAUGCACUACUAACUGCUCCCAAUGUGGGAAAUGGCAAGGGAACGUCACUUUUUCCAUCAGACACACUAAAACAAACUCUCCUAUGCACUGGCUACAUCAAAACCAAUAAAGAAAUAUCAAGCAGAGGGGAUAAAUUAAAAAUUCAAGCAGUAUUGGCUGAGGGAGCAAGGCACAUCUCCAUCUUGGGCCGCACAAUGUCAGGAUGUAUCACCCGAAUCAAUUUGUACCAUGGGUUUCCAACCGUGUCUUUUGUAAAUUCCUUAUUGGGAGGGUUUUCUGCAAACCACAGCCUCAGAAACUUCAGAAUUCAUUCUGUUAUGUGUUUUGUGCAGAACUAACUAGCAAUCUCAAAUCUUGUAAUGUGUGCUACUUUACACUGCAGAAGAGGUCAGAAGCUUCAGUACUGGCGCUUAGGAAAUGGAAAUGGUUUUCCUCUCCUGCAGCAAGGCUUUUCUCCAGCUUCUUCUGUUUUCAAAACCACCGAAACUGCCUGCUUCUGAAAAGGUGUCACCAUCUCCCUGGCUCCUUCUCCUAACAAAAGACUAACCAAAAUACUGAGACUACACUGUUUUGCUUAUAAGUGGAUUGGAAUCAUAAUUUUAACUGCCGGGAAGGUUACAGCCCCAGAACAUGUGAAGCAAUAAAGAAGAGAGUGCCUCUGAAACAUGACACAGGUUUCUUUUUUUCGUAGGACUCACCUGCCACAACCAACAUGUGAAACCAGAAAGCAGGACCGAAAGGCAGAUCUGCCCAGUAUCCUAAAAGUACAGAAAAGGGUGGCAGAACAUAGAGCCCUAAAGUCUAGCAAACAGAGCAUGGUCCACAAAAUAUGCACUUUCAACUAAAGAAUCAUGACACCAGUAAUUUAUUUUGACUACUAGAACUGAAAAGUGUCCACAGUUCUUCCACCCAAAAUGCAUUCCCGAUUACCCCAUACUUGCUUCAUUUCAUCACUGUGAUUCAGGACAAGAAGGAGUAAGGAAGAGAGUCAGUGUGUUGUAGUAGUUUGAGUGUGACUCCAAGAGACCAGGAUCAAAUCACCAUGGAAAACCACUGGGUGAUCUUGCCAAAGUCAUGCUCUCUCAGCCUCAGAGGAAGGCAAGGGCAAACCUCCUCUGAAGAAACCAUGCCAAGAAAAUGGCAGGCGAGGAUUGCUGUAAGUUGAGAACCAGUUUGAAGGCACAGGACAAUAACAAAGGAAUGGGUAUUCACUUUGCUCUUGCUCCUGACACAAAAACAGGAGUCAGAAUUCCUUGCGGGUCUAAUGCUAGCUACGCAAAAAUCACCUAUAAGACCCAGAUCAAUCUUCUACCCAUUCCGGCUGAAUUAAAAUCUA